AUGCUCUGCUUAGAGUUCCUGGCCUCCUGGCUACCGGGCUUCCCCAGCUUGGCCUGGGGCUCCACCCUGACGGACUCUCUCUUGCAAGGGCUAAUAGGAGCCUGUGCGGUCUCUGUCCUCUGCAGCCUGGUGAAGAUUCACCUCUACAUCCAGUGUCUGAAUGACCCAGACAGACAGACGGAGAAGGAGUCCAUCGGUGCCUUGGUGGUGCUGGAGUUUUCCCUCAGGGCCGUGUCUAUGCUGCUAUCCCAGAACAAGGGUGCACACAGCAGCCAGCUCUACCUGCUGUGCCAAUACUCCCUGGGGUGCGGCAUCUCCUGCAGCCUCAGCUACCUGCUGGAGGGGGCUCCCCACCGCACCUGCAACCUGAUCCUCAGCUUGGGCCUGGCCGGCUUCCUCACUUGCUAUGUCUGGAGGCUGGCCCGGCACGUCUGCACCAUGUACGAGCUGCACAGCAAAGAGCGCUACUGCGGGGUCUGCAUCUUCCUGCUCACCACUUGGCAUGGCAUCCCCACCCUGCUCUGCAACGCCCUCAAGAUCACCUUUGCCGUGGCCGACCUGGCGGCCGUCGCCCUGAUCAACCAGGAUUUCCUCAGCACCUCGGAGGCCAUACGCUUCUGGACACCACUCACCAUCUGCUACACCCUGCUGGUCAUCUACAUGCAAGAGGAGCAAAGGCAGAACCCCAGCCAGCAGAUGAUCUAUCAGACAGUGUUUGUGAGGAUGGGAGGCCUCCUCAUCCUCCUCAUGACCGUGGGCCGGUGGAUGGACAUCGUGAACAUCUUCAUCUCGCUGGUGGGUGAGAUCUGGUGCCUGGUUCGGGCUGGAAUCAUGCUGGACGUCUGUCGGGCCCAGGUGAGCCUGCACACGUGUCCUUCGUGCAUGCUG